AUGGCCGAGGAUGGAUGCUGGGCCGCUGGGCCAUUCUCGACGUUGGGAGAGGAUCUGGGACCACUGGGCCACCGGCUGCCACCUGGAGUCCUGGACACCUGGCUGCAGAGUUGGGGGUUGGCCCGGACGAGCAAGUGUGCACACUGCACACUGCGCACCGCACACCGCACCGCAGCGUUCAGGUCCAGAGGGGGAUUGGCGCUGGGUCGGACUGCAUGGACGGGCGUCAGGGGGGAGGAUAGGCUAGGAUUGACGCCUGCAAGAGGCGCCCCGAUCCGAGUGCAGAUAAGGAGCGCGCUUGACCGGCCACUCCAGUUUCCAUUUGUAUUCUUGUUUGCACAACCUCGCCGACGCCACCUGCUCGCAACUCGGCAGACUCGCAGACUCGGCAGACUCGACCAGAAGGCCGCGAAGAAAGGACAACCUCAGGGCCAGGGCCGGAGCCCGUGCAGCCACGGGUGA